AUGGGCAUUAAUCCAACAAAAUAUGCAACAAUUGCGAUUUGUUUGUUUUGCCUAUGGAGUGUUGCUGAGUGUAUCCCCAACACCAGCAUCAUCAAUGUUCUCUGCAACAAUGGGGUGUACACUUCUGGGGACCCUUUUGCUAUUAGUCUAAGCUAUGUUUUUGGGGACUUAGAGAAGGAAACACCAGCACAGAAGAAUUAUGACUACCACAACAUUUCACCCUAUCCUAAUGCCUAUGCCUAUGGGCAUGCUACUUGUAACCUUAAUCUGACAUCCUCUGAUUGCAAAACAUGUCUUGGUGCUGCUAAAGCGGCCUUGUUUAGCACAUGCCAGACACCACGGAUCGGGGCUCGUUCGGUGCUCUAUGAUUGUGCAAUCAGGUACGAGCAAUACCCAUUUGACGAUUAG